AUCUGAACAUUGAAAUCGAAGUAUUUUGUGGUAUUAAUCUAAUAUUUAUUUUCGAAUAGAAUAUUUUCUCAAUUUCAAAGGAAGACAUUGAAAUCUCUCAUUAUUAGUAUCAUGUGUUCUGUGAAUGAUUCAUUAGUAGCUGAGGUAUUUUCAUUUAUCAACUACACAUAGGCCAUCGGAGAACUCAUUGCGAAAUCAACCGAGACAAUAUAUAUUUUUCUCCAUUGCAAGAAGAUUCUGUCAGUUACAAAGAAAAAGAGACGGUGCUCUAUUUUAUGUGAUUCUUAUCAGCAAGUACAACCUAGAUUACUGUGAUUUAAGUCGAUUACUGUAAAAGGCAGGCCAAUAAAGAAUUCGCAGAAUUAAUAGAAACGAUAUAUAGUCAUUUUUAAUUAGAGCGAAAUAAUCUCUUUUUAUUUGUGAAAGAGAAAGUACGUUGAAGUUAACGCUCUGUUUUAUGCGAAUAAUUCAACUGUAAACGAGUCGGUGCCAAUCAGUAACUGUAUGUACACAAAUUAUUCUCAUGUUAUAUUCUGCGAUUAUCAACAUAAAGUUUUUCUAAGUCCGAAUGUUAAAUUCAAUCUAGAAAGAGAAGCAGCUGUUAGGUCAAUUGUUCGCUCAAGAGAAACCGAAGACGAGAUGGUGAUAGCGAUAGGGAAUAAGCGAAGCAACAAAGAGUAGAAAAAGGAAAAUCAGUCAGAAAGAGAUAGACCGAUAGAGAAAAAAAGAGAGGCAUAAAAGCGACCCUACAAACCGAUUUAGUAGGCGUUCACAUGCUCCAAGGAAGAAAUAUCAAGAAAGAAGCAGGGUUUUGAAUAACAAGGAAAGAAUUUAAAGAUAGACAAAGAAAAGAAGACAGAACAAGAAGAAAAAAAAGAGAAGAAAAAUUGAUAAAAUUAAACAAAAAAAAAAACGAGUAAGAAGGCAGAGUAGGAUCGGAUCAAUAGAGAGAGAAGCAAAAAGAUACCCUUCUCCAAACUGGUUUUCGAAAUGAAUAAAAUCAUUCUGACGAAUUCGCAAGUGGCCAAGAAUGUUUUCGACGAGGAAGCUAUUUUGAAGAAGGUACGAUGGCGCAAUCUCGUAGCCUUCUGGAUCUUAGGUCUAUGCAACAAUUACGGCUACGUCGUGAUGCUCAGUGCGGCCCAUGACAUUCUACAAAGCAAGUUCGGUGAGAAUAAUGACACGUCAAGCCCAAAUGUCACAACCACGAUGGAACCAUAUCACAAUCGGACAUGCAAUACAGUUUCAACCGGUGCCAUUCUUUUAGCAGACAUUCUGCCAGCAUUGGCAAUCAAAAUCACGGCACCAUUUCUACCAUUUCUAGUGCAUGCUCGACUGGCUACCUGUGUGUUAUUUUCCGCUGCAGGAUUCCUCAUGGUGUCAUUGAGUACUACCGAAUGGGUCGCCAUUAUGGGCGUCGUCAUAACAUCGCUUUCCUCAGGCUUGGGUGAAGUUACUCUUCUUAGUUACAGUAACCAAUUCUCCAAGCAAGUGAUUUCGACGUGGUCAUCGGGCACCGGCGGCGCUGGGGUAAUCGGCGCAAUAUCUUACGCCGGACUUACCUUGGUACUAUCUAUCGAGAAUACAUUGUUAGUCAUGUUGGCCGUGCCAAUUUUGCAAGCAGUUACAUUCUGGGGUAUCCUCAAACACCCGACACACAUUAGAAUUCCGAUUACCAAGAAUGGCAUUGACAGUCAAGAACAAAUCAUCAAGGUCCCCGAAAAGAGUUUUAGGGACAAGAUUAAUUUAGUGCCUGGCUUGUUGAAGUUUAUGAUACCACUUGGGCUCGUUUACUUGUUUGAAUACUUCAUCAAUCAAGGCUUGUACGAGCUUAUCGAAUUCAAAGACAUUUGGUUGACACAUUCCGAACAAUACAGAUGGCUCCAAGUGGAUUAUCAAAUAGGUGUAUUUAUCUCGAGAUCUUCGGUGAACCUGAUCACCAUUAAUAAAAUUUGGAUUAUGUCCGUGCUGCAGUUCUUUAACGUUAUAAUUUUUCUCUUCGAGACCCUUUACUAUUAUAUACCAAAUAUAUGGAUCGUUUUUAUCAUUGUAUUGUGGGAGGGUCUUCUUGGCGGUGCAGCAUACGUGAACACAUUCUAUCGAAUGUCGACCGAGAUUCCGAAGACGGAUCGUGAAUCUUCCUUGGGAAUCGCGACGAUGGCAGACUCUAUCGGGAUUGCGUUGGCCGGAUGGCUGUCCAUGCCUGUUCACAAUGCCAUUUGUAAAUUACCACAGCCGAAGCGAUUAGGUAGUUAAAGAUAUCGUAAUGGUUCGCCGAGUGAUAAUAAAGUUCCCUCGGAAACUUGCUUUUGAAAGUUCCUCAUGGUAACAUGCUGGUGAUUAGAGACAAAAAUGAGACGUUUCUUUUAUUAAUUUAAUGAUUAUAUGUAGAUCAAACGUAUGCAAUUGUUUCACCGCGCGUUCGUAGAUCAUAAAAUUAUUAACGUCCUAAUUAAUCUUUUAGCUUUGUGCAAGUUUACGAAUUUACGAAAUUUUGAGGAAAAAUUAAUAAAGCAAACGUUCAGAA